ACUGUUGUUUUUUUUAAUUAAAAGUUGAGAUGGCUUCAAGCUAACCUUCGCCAUGAGAACGUGUAACUCGUUCUCGCGAGACCCCGCUCGAGAUUUUGUCAAGUCAGCGUCGUUGCCAUGGAUACCCCCGUCGCGGAACAGGAAACCCUUCGGGAGGCUUCUGUUAGCUAAACAGAUGUAAAUUAGCCUCAGUUGUAAACAAAGGCGGUAUUUCAACUCGUGGCAGGUAAGUGAAUUAAAUACUAAUGUUGUCGAAACCCUCCUGUAUAAAUGUUGCUUUUCGGACCAAAGAUCACCAUAUAGGUGCAAUGUUAAUAGUGGCUGCAGUUGUUGAGGAAAUCCACCACGAGGAAUUGGUCUGCGGUAGUGGAGUCACGUGAGAAUGACAACAAACAGCCACUUUGACAAAAUGCACACGCCCAAAGUAAACAUGACUGUAUGAGAGGUAUUAAUAGGUUUAUUAAUGUUGGUCGGAGAGUUGUUUAGAAUAUGUUGGUAAAGGUUGCACACCACGACAAUCAUUUUCGGAUAUGAUUUUUGUGCAUCUCAUGUCAUGAAAUCCAUCAUUCAGGUGUACGUGCACGUUAGCCUCACAGCUGCGAGGUUCUGGGUUCGAGUCUCGGCUCAGACCUUCCUUGUAUGCAGUUCCGAAUUUAAAAAAAGAUAUGUCUAAAAAUAUUCAAUGUACUUCAUUUACACCCCCAUACUUUGUAUAUAAUAGUUUGUCCAUACAACAGAAGCGUCACAGAUCAUGGAGUAUGACAAUGGAUUCAACAAUCUUCAGGCUCAGGAAAAUGGAAAAGCACACGGGGACAAAAUGAAAGCAGAGGGUGCGUUUCUCAGUGAACAUUUGGAAUUACUGAGCCAAAGCACGGCGACAGACAACAUGCAAGACAGACUGGAACGAGACGAGCGUCAGCGUUUGCUGGACCAGCUGAGGGAGCUGACGGAUGUCAACGGUCGCCUCUUUAAACUGCUGAGCGAAAAAGAAUUUGAGGUCAAACACAUGAAGAAGAAAUGGGACAAGGAGAGGGUGUUUCUCAUGGCUGGCGCGUCCGGCAUGUCGGGCGAUGCUGCCGCCGUCAAGAUCGUGGAGUUGUCCAAAAAGAACCGAGAGCUGACCACUGAAGUGGAGCGAGAGAGGACGAAAUCCAAACAAAACAGCAAUAGAAUCAAAGCACUUGAGAACGAUCUGCAGGCUGCUGUGCGCUCACUACCAGGGCAAAAGGUUGACGUGGCUUUGCAGAAGCAAAGCUCGUCUAAAGACGGCGAGGACAACCCAGCGGUGAAGUCCCUGAAGGACAAACUAUCUGCUGCCCAACUCAAAGCCACAGAGUAUCGCUACCAAGUUCAAUUUCUCAGACAGGAGUUGAAAGUGGCUCAGAAGGUUCUGAUAAGUGAGGUUGGGGAAGAAGUCAACGUUCAGCAGUUACUGAGCUGUGCGGGAAGCUUUAGAGGACGUGCACAGCAGAUACUGGCUCUUCAAUCAAGGGUGCGUGACCUGGAGCAGCAGCUGAGGCCACCUCCAUCAAGCGUGUUGACCGUGGACGAAGAAGAAUAUUCGGGCGUUCCUCCUAAAAGUCAGGGCCGAAACGUCGGCUACAGUCGCAGCGCCGAGAAGGAGAAGAAGGAGGCAUUUCAGAGGCUGUCGGACAGCUAUGAAACCUUGCAGCGAGACCGCGAUCAAGUGAGGAAAGAUCUGGAAGCCGCCAAAGCCAGGAACAAAUGUCUGUCGGCUGACAUUAAAACGCUGAAGGCUCAGACUUCCUCCUUGCUGCUGAAGAGCAAACACGACGACGAGCUCGUGGACGCUAUACUGAAGGAGAAGAGCCGCAUGCUGGAGAUGCUGAGUCAGCUCACCAAGCGGAAUGCGCCGAGCCAGCCGAGCUCGGGACCGUCGCUGAGCAGCGAGCUCUCCGCGCAGAAGAUGCUCAUCCAGAACUUGUACCAAGUGGUCGCUGGCAAAGAGAGCACCAUUAAAGAAUUAGAGGAGAAUAUCAAGCAGCUCUCCAAUGACAGCCGCUGACAAAUCAUUUUGAAU